UAUUUGAAAGUCUUCCCCAGCAACCGCUGUCACAGAACAGCGCUACUCUCAUGGCUUCGAGGCUCACUGUCGCGUCCCCUUUCGAAACCGAUAACCCAAUCGAAGUCUCUCUGAGAGAAGCCUUCGACUCACUCAAACAAACCCUGAAGCCCCCAUUCUCUCUAACCAUUCCAAAACCCGACGAAUACACUCUCCUCAACCACGCAAUUCUUAAUGCCGUUUUGACGGAACCCCAUUUAUCCAAAACCCACCUCAAACACUUGCACGGUAUCGUCACUGACGGCUACGCCACUUUCCUCAACUCACUCCUCAACGUCGUUCACCACUUGUACCCUAAACUCCUCGCUUCCGUUAAAACCCAGUUGCUUUGGGUCACUGAAGAAAUGGUUCGGGUUUUAGGAACCGGUUUCGACGCUCUAUUGGUUUCACUUUUGAGGCAAAUUUCUGGUGGUGAUUUCGGUGAUGGAAAUUUGUGGCUUUGCUUCAAGUUGGUGACCCUUUUCGUGGAACAGUGGCAGUGUUUUCUAGACGAAGCGCCGCACGUGUUGUCGUGUGCGUUGUACACGUUUCUUAGGGUUUUGGGUGAUCACUGUAGGGUUCGGGUAGAAAAGUUGGAGACUUUGAGAAGGUUGGAGAUUCAUUUGUGUGUGAAGAUAGUGAGGGAAGAGUUUCAUUUGUGUUUGAAAAUUGGGAGGGAUUUUAUUCGGUUGUUGCAUGAUUUGGGUCAUGUUCCUGAGUUUAGGGCUAUUUUGAAGGACCUUGUGGUGAACCCUUCUUUGUUUAACACUUCUGGCUUUAAAGGUGUUUCUCAGAUUUACUGCACAAGGACUCCUAGUAGAUUUGUUUUGCUUAGGAUUAGUCCUGAGAUGGAGACAUGGUUGAGGUUUUUGCUUACCAAUGUGAAGUUGGGGUGCCAGAGGAGGCACCAAAUGUGGUUCGCUAGGAAGUUUCUCAAUGGGCCUGAUAGAGAGACUGUUAUAGUUGAUAUUGUUAGGUUCAUAUGUUGUGCCCACCAUCCUCCAAAUGAGAUCAUUGGGUCUGAUAUUUUUCCUAGAUGGGCUCUUAUUGGUUGGCUUUUGAAGUUGUGUAGGAAGGACUAUGUUGAGGCCAAUGUGAAACUGGCUUUGUUUUAUGACUGGCUCUUUUAUGAUGAAAGGGUGGACAAUAUCAUGAACAUUGAGCCUGCGGUUUUGUUGAUGGUGCAUUCUAUUCCAAAAUACGUUGACAUUACCCACGCUCUUCUUGGCUUCUUGUUACUUCUUUUGGAUAAUUAUGAUGUAGAACAUAAGGGUCUCAUAGUUAAAGGUGUGCGGUCUGCUUUUUGGUUUCUUGUCAGCAAAGGCGUGAUUCGGUCUACUCAUGUUUUGACUUCUUGUCCUGCAAUUUCCCCUGCUCUAAGAGAGGGCCUGCACAGGUUAUUAUCUGGUGGUAAAGUUGGAGGUUCUAAUGGAUUUCUGCCUGGGUAGCUGCUAGCCCACAAUGGUCAACUUUGAGUUUCUCAAUUUUGUCCUUAAUCUUUACCGAGGUUCUAGGAAUAUUAUACAAGUAUCCAUCAAGCAGGACACACAAGUGUAAGUUCUGAUUGUUGUAAAUUCAAUUGCAAAUUAUGAUAUUUUGAUAACUGGACUUUAGUUAGAUUAGCUCUAGAGUAAUCAUACAUAACUAUAAUCAUAUGUGGGCAACAGUGUGAGAAUGAUAAUAUCAAGGUGGAAUUCACUCUUAAAGUAUGCAAAAUUUAUUCUUUAAUGCUUAUGAACAAUUCUGAUUGUGUAUGAUCUUGAAUUUUACUUGAAUUCCAUUACAUUGAUCUGUGAUGAGGUAUGGAUACUGUUCGGAAGACAAGUGUAUCCAUCGAAAAAUAAUAAAAUGUUCUUAGAUUAAGUUUCCGAAAUAUCGUCCCACAAGGAUUGAUUUUCAAUUACUAAGAAUUUUCUAAUUCAAUUGUUUAAGCUUUAAAGAUACGGGAUUAAUUAAAAAUAAGAAUUUAUAAAAUCAAUUAUAAAAUUACGAGCAAGGAAUAUAAUGCACAUCUUGGUUAAACUUAUCGGAGAGGAACCUAAAACAUAUGGGUUUUCUCAUUCAAUCUUUUAUGUUAUUCUUUUGUUUAACUCUAAAUUCGAUUUUCUUGUGAUUACCAAUCAUUCAUACGAAUACUAUUAAUACCAAAUGAUCAUGCAAUAUUAAUAUUUUUUUCUCUAAAUCAACAUCCCCAAUGGUCAUGCAAGACAUUAAUUUAAGAAAGUUUUAGGAGCUUACGAACUUGUUAAUUUAAUAACGAUUAGAAGAGAGAUUGGUUUGGUCUACCUAAUCCUUUGUUUCGUUUUAUCCUAUAGAUUUAUUAAUUAACCGAGGUAUGGUCGCCUGACGAUAUAAUUAAUUAGGAUUAAGAGAGAAGUGCAAUAGAAUAAAAUCUAAUCAUCAAACGAAAAUCAAAUUUAGAUUCAAACAUCAAAAUCUCAUAAAUUCAUAAACAAUAGUUCUCAUAACUCUAGCUAUGUACUUAACUA